AUGGAGAACGACAGGAACAACCAGGCUCCGCCACCGCCCCCAGGCUACUACCCGUCGGCGGCUGCGGAGCAAAGGCAAGCCGGCGGCGGGAAGAAGGGCCGCCGGGGAAGCACCAAAUCCAAGGGCGAGAAGGGCUUCAUCGAGGGAUGCCUGGCGGCGCUGUGCUGCUGCUGGAUCUGCAAGAUGUGCUGCGACUGGCCGCCGAGGUCGCUGCCGGCCAAGACAUUGGUGCCAGUGCCUAUGAAGAACAUACACAUACAGAGAGAGUCGUUGCUUAAUUACAGUGUUUGUUUGUUUGUUUGUUUGUUGUUUUAGGUUCUGCAGAAAUAACCGAGAACGCCUGCGUCUGCGUAUGUACCGUGCGCCACACCAAUAAUCAAUUUUAAGGCGCCAAAUUAUCAGCCUACUGUUGAGGAUCCUCUAAUUAAAGAUAACGUCUGCUGUGCAAAAAUGAA